AGGCGGCUGGACGCGCCCCACCCUGCAGCCAGGCGGAGCCAAAGAUGCUGGCCUCUGCCUCGCGGCCCCGCCCGGGCCCAGGGCCACCUCGGGUCUUACCCUUGCCACUGUUCCUGCUGGCGGUGUUGAGCGGCACCGUGUCCGGCCGCGUCUCACGCUCUGUGCCCAGGACCUCGCUUCCCAUCUCUGAGGCUGACUCCUAUCUCACCCGGUUUGCUGUUCCUCAUAUAUACAAUUACUCUGUUCUGCUUGUGGAUCCUGCUUCCCACACACUUUAUGUUGGCGCCCGGGACACCAUCUUCGCUUUAUCCCUGCCUUUCUCAGGGGAAAGAUCUCGCAGGAUUGACUGGAUGGUGCCUGAGGCUCACAGACAUAACUGUAGGAAGAAAGGCAAGAAAGAGGACGAAUGUCACAAUUUUAUCCAGAUUCUCGCCAUUGUCAAUGCCUCUCAUCUCCUCACUUGUGGCACCUUCGCUUUUGAUCCGAAGUGCGGGGUUAUUGAUGUGUCCAGUUUCCAGCAGGUUGAAAGACUUGAGAGUGGCCGGGGGAAAUGUCCUUUUGAGCCAGCUCAGCGGUCAGCAGCUGUAAUGGCUGGGGGCGUCCUCUAUGCUGCCACUGUGAAAAACUACCUGGGGACAGAGCCGAUUAUCUCUCGGGCUGUGGGUCGUGCUGAGGACUGGAUUCGCACGGAGACCUUGCCAUCCUGGCUUAACGCCCCUGCCUUUGUCGCAGCGGUGGCCUUGAGCCCAGCCGAAUGGGGGGAUGAAGAUGGAGACGACGAAAUCUACUUCUUCUUUACUGAGACUACCCGAGCAUUUGACUCAUACGAGCGCAUUAAGGUCCCACGGGUGGCCCGUGUGUGUGCGGGAGACCUUGGGGGCCGGAAGACCCUCCAGCAGAGGUGGACGACAUUUCUGAAAGCUGACCUACUGUGUCCUGGGCCAGAGCAUGGCCGGGCCUCCAGUGUCCUGCAGGACAUGGCUGUGCUUCGACCUGAGCCUGGAGCAGGGACCCCUAUCUUUUAUGGCAUCUUUUCCUUCCAGUGGGAAGGGGCUGCAAUCUCUGCUGUCUGUGCCUUCCGACCACAAGACAUUCGGACAGUACUGGAUGGCCCCUUCAGAGAGCUAAAGCAUGACUGCAGUAGGGGACAGCCUGUCAUGGACAAUGAUGUGCCCCAGCCCAGGCCUGGAGAGUGCAUCACCAACAACAUGAAGUUCCAGCAGUUUGACUCAUCACUCUCCCUUCCUGACCGCGUGCUCACCUUCAUCCGAGACCACCCACUCAUGGAUAGGCCAGUGUCUCCAGCUGACGUCCACCCUCUGCUGGUCACUACGGAUACAGCCUAUCUUAGAGUUGUGGCCCACAGGGUGGCCAGCCUCUCAGGGAAAGAGUAUGAUGUGCUCUACCUGGGGACAGAGGAUGGACACCUCCACCGAGCAGUGCGUAUUGGAGCCCAGCUCAGUGUCCUUGAAGAUCUGGCCUUGUUCCCAGAGCCUCAGCCCAUUGAGAACAUGAAAUUAUACCAUGGUUGGCUCCUGAUUGGCUCCAGUACUGAGGUAAUACAAGUGAACACAACCAAUUGUGACCGUCUCCAGAGCUGCUCAGAGUGCAUCCUGGCCCAGGACCCUGUCUGUGCCUGGAGUUUCCGGCUAAAUGCGUGUGUGGUCCAUGCUGGGGAGCACCGAGGGUUGGUCCAAGACAUAGAGUCGGCGGAUGUUUCUUCUUUGUGUCCCAAAGAGCCUGGAGAACACCCCGUAGUGUUUGAAGUUCCCGUGGCUACAGCUGCACAUGUGGUCUUGCCAUGUUCCCCCAGCUCAGCAUGGGCAUCCUGUGUGUGGCACCAGCCCAGUGGAGUGACUGCACUCACCCCCCGGCGGGAUGGGCUAGAGGUGGUAGUGACCCCAGGGGCUAUGGGUGCUUAUGCCUGUGAAUGUCAGGAGGGUGGGGCAGCCCGUGUGGUUGCGGCUUACAGUUUGGUAUGGGGCAGCCAACAAGCCCCUGCAAGCCGGGCCCGCACAGUGGGGGCUGGACUGGUUGGCUUCUUCCUGGGGGUUCUUGCAGCAUCCCUGACUCUCCUCCUGAUUGGUCGGCAUCAGCAACGACGGCGACAGAGGGAACUUCUGGCUAGAGACAAGGUGGGCUUGGACCUGGGGGCCCCACCAUCUGGGACCACAAGCUACAGCCAAGACCCUCCCUCUCCUUCUCCUGAAGAUGAACGGCUGCCUCUGGCCCUGGCCAAGAGGGGCAGUGGCUUUGGUGGUUUCCCUCCACCCUUCCUGCUUGAUCCUUGCCCGAGCCCAGCCCACGUUCGGCUAACUGGGGCUCCUCUAGCCACAUGUGAUGAAACAUCCAUCUAGAGCCAGGCAGGUGACCACUAGUGCAUGAAUGACCACUGAAACAAAGUGAUCACUGAGACCAGGGUCAUUGGGCCUGGCCUCCCAGUGUUCUUUGAAUCUGAGUGAUCACCUAGAUUUCAGUGUCUGCCCUCUCCAGGCCUUGAUGGACUUGGGGAAGGGUCUUUGCCUCGUUUGUGAUUCCCAUGAAAAAUCAGAGCUGCUCUCUGCAGGGAAUCCAGCUUCCCCUCCCCACCUCUGAGCCUUUGUAACCCUUCAACCCUGACCUCCUAUCUUGAGCCCUUUAGGUUUGGGGAGGGGCUCAGAGCAGUGACUGCUCUGGGUGGGCCUGGCCAGAAGGAAGAGCCAUGGAGGUGGGUAGGGCUAAUGUGCACUGACUCCUCAGGGUGGUUCUGCUGAUUCUCCAGUUUAGUGAUUUUCUGUGGGGAGUGCAUGAUCCCCAUGCAUCAACAUGAAACCUCUGCCCUGAGAUUCUUCCUGUCCCAUUUUCCCUUCCAUGAAAGAGUAGGUGUAAAUACAUUGGUAUUCAUA